AUGAGAAAUCCUGUAUGGAGACCAGCUCAACGUCAUGUUGGCUUUGUUCAAGCGGCACCUUCUCCCCGAUCUGCUAUGGGAUUUAUUAAAAAAAUUCUUAAUGAUUGGUCAUUAAAUUUCGGCUCAUUACUUGCAUAUACUUUCAUCAUAGCUCUUUUACCCAUAGCUGUAGCAGCGUUCGGUAUAUUUGCACUUGUUUUCAGAGGAAGUCCAGGAGCGAGGCAAAAUAUUAUUGAUGGAAUUGUCAAUUCAGUACAAGACAAUAAUACAAAAACAGCUGUUCUGCAAAUAACUAAUAUAGCUGCUAAUAAUCUUGAAAGUGAUGCAGGUGGAAUUCUUGCCUUGGGUAUCGUAUUUUCAAUAUGGGGUGGAUCUCGUUUGUUUGUUGCAAUUGAUAAUGUUUUUACAAUAAUUUAUCGUACACAGACUCGGUCAUUUAUUGCUCAAAAUUUAUUAGCUAUUGGAAUGCUUAUUUUAUUUAUAAUACUUAUUAUAAUCAUGUUUGGUGCAAGUGGUGCGCCAUCGUUUUUAAUAAAUACAUUACCGAAUCAAAAUGGUGCACUAUUUGGUAUAUUUGCUGCUGGAAUAGCUAUAUCGAUUUUUACUGCUUUCAUUCUAUUUAUUUUAAUUUAUCUAAUUAUACCUAAUAAAAAAAUGAAACUAAAACAUACUUGGCUUGGUGCAUUAAUUGGAGCAAUUUUACUGGAUAUAUUUAUUGUUUUGUUUCCAUUAUAUAUUCGGAGAUUUAUGGGUUCAUUCAUUGGUCUUAUUGGUUUUGCUAUUAUUUUAAUUACAUUUUUUUAUUAUUUUUCAAUUAUUACUAUUUUAGGUGCACAAAUUAAUGCAUACUUUUUUGAUCGUAUACAGCCAUUACCUGAAGAUUUAGGCACUUUCUUAAGUCAAGCUGUUAGCAGAAUAAUUAAAAUAACAACAGCAAGACCAAUAUUUAAUACUGUUCAAUAUCCUAGAUCAAUAAGAUCAAGGUCAUAUUAUUAA